GCCCCGCGGCGCCCGCGCUCAACGCCGACUUCUUCAGGCAGCUGCUGGCGCUCCGCAAGCUCUUCUUCCCGCGGCUGGUGAGCGCCGAGCUGGGCUGGCUCUGCCUCCACUCCGUGGCCCUCAUCUCCAGGACCUUCCUCUCCAUCUACGUGGCCGCGCUCGACGGAAAGAUCGUCAAGAGCAUCGUGGAGAAGCAGCCGCGGAGCUUCGUGGUGCAGCUCACGCGGUGGCUCAUGAUCGCCAUCCCGGCCACGUUCGUCAACAGCGCCAUCCGCUACCUGGAGGGCAAGCUGGCCCUCGCCUUCCGCACGCGCCUCGUGCAUCGCGCSUAUGAGACCUACUUCGCCAACCAGACCUACUACCGGGUCAUCAACAUGGACGGGCGGCUGGCCAACCCCGACCAGUCGCUCACCGAGGACAUCAUGAUGUUCUCGCAGUCCGUGGCGCACCUCUACUCCAACCUCACCAAGCCCAUCCUGGACGUGGUGCUCACAUCGUACACGCUCAUCCGCAAGGCGCGCUCCCGCGGCGCCAGCCCCAUUGGCCCCACCGCCCUGGCCGGCCUCGUYGUCUACGCCACGGCGCUCGUGCUCAAGGCCUGCUCGCCCAAGUUCGGCAAGCUGGUGGCCGAGGAGGCCCAGCGCAAGGGCUACCUGCGCUUCAUGCACUCGCGCAUCAUCGCCAACGUGGAGGAGAUCGCCUUCUACCGCGGGCACAAGGUGGAGAUGAAACAGCURCAAAAAAGCUACAAGGCCUUGGCAGACCAGAUGAACCUCAUCUUGUCCAAACGGCUGUGGUACAUCAUGAUCGAGCAAUUCCUCAUGAAGUAUGUCUGGAGUUGCUGUGGUUUGAUUAUGGUUGCUGUGCCCAUCAUCACUGCAACAGGAUUUGCAGAUGGAGAAUUAGAAGAUGGCCAGAAACAGGCAAUGGUUAGUGAACGGACAGAAGCUUUCACUACAUCACGAAAYCUGCUGAUUUCUGGAGCAGAUGCUAUUGAAAGAAUUAUGUCAUCGUACAAGGAGGUUACUGAACUAGCAGGCUACACGGCCCGGGUCUACAACAUGUUCUCAGUCUUUGAUGAAGUAAAAAGAGGCAUCUACAAAAGAACUGCUGUUGUUCAAGAGUCCAAAAGCAACAAGAAGAAUCAAGAUAAAGCAGAAUUGCACAUUGAGGGGCCCUUAGAAAUCAAGGGCAGAGUUAUUGAUGUUGAUCAUGGAAUUGUUUGUGAAAAUGUUCCCAUUAUUACUCCGAACGGCGAUGUGGUGGUUUCCAGACUGAACAUCAAAGUGCAGGAGGGGAUGCAUCUUCUAAUCACUGGACCCAAUGGCUGUGGAAAGAGUUCUCUUUUCAGAAUUUUAAGUGGUCUGUGGCCUGUAUACGGAGGAGUCCUCUACAAACCUCCUCCACAGCACAUGUUUUAUAUACCACAAAGGCCCUACAUGUCCAUUGGGACGCUGCGGGAUCAAGUCAUCUAUCCAGACUCCGUGGAUGACAUGCAUGAGAAAGGAUACCAAGACCAGGAUCUGGAACAUAUCCUGCAAACAGUCCACCUGUACCAYAUAGUUCAAAGAGAAGGAGGUUGGGAUACCGUCUUGGACUGGAAGGAUGUCUUAUCAGGAGGAGAAAAGCAAAGGAUGGGCAUGGCUCGGAUGUUUUACCAUAAGCCAAAAUAUGCACUGCUGGAUGAAUGCACGAGUGCUGUAAGCAUUGAUGUUGAAGGAAAGAUUUUCCAAGCUGCAAAAGCUGCUGGGAUAUCCCUGCUUUCGAUAACACACAGACCUUCUCUUUGGAAGUACCACACUCACUUGCUGCAGUUUGAUGGACAAGGAGGCUGGCGCUUCGAACAGUUGGACACCGCCAUCCGUUUGUCCCUGAGUGAGGAAAAACAGAGACUAGAAUCUCAGCUUGCAGGAAUCCCUAAAAUGCAGCAGAGACUGAACGAACUGUGCAAAAUCCUGGGGGAAGACUCGGUGCUUAAAACAAUGGACAAAGAGGAAUAAAUAA